AUGUACUUGAUACAACGCUGGCGUGACCGACGGUUAAUCUUUACGAAGGAUCAAUUUCCCGAAGAUGAAAUCACCCUUGGCUACGCGCAGCUUGACCGGAUUUGGCUACCGGACACCUACUUUCCUGGAGAGAAAGAGGCCACUGAUCACGUUAUCACAACUCCCAAUGUCCUCCUUCGAGUGAAUAGAACAGGACAUAUUGUGUACUCAACCAGGCUGACGUUAAGUUUCUCCUGUCACAUGGACCUCGUGAAGUUUCCAAUGGAUAACCAAACGUGUAAAAUCAAAGUAGAAAGUUAUGGUCACACAACUGACGAGAUAUUGUUACAAUGGCAUACAGUGGGUCCGGCGAUAAAAAUAUCAGACGACGUGGUGGUAGAAGAGUUCAACCAAGGAGAACCAUUCUGGUCUGAAAAAAUGGAAUCGUAUCAAACCGGUACAUUCAUGUUGCUUACAGCAGGUAUUCCAAUGACACGCCAAAUAGGCUAUUACAUAGUCGGCUUGUAUAUUCCAAGUGUGCUCACAGUCAUAUUGUCAUGGGUAUCCUUCUGGUUGGACGUCAAUUCCGUCCCUGCGAGAAUCUCACUCGGGAUAUUGACCAUUCUCACGACCACAACGCAGUCCUCCGGACUUAGGUCUACAUUGCCAAGAGUAUCUUAUGUAAAAGCAAUAGACGUCUGGCUUUUAACGAAUCUCGUGUUCGUAUUCAUUGCCUUCCUCGAGUUUGCCGUGGUGAACGUGCUUGCAAGGCAAGAGGCAAAGAGACGUCUAAAGAGAGGGGGUCCUAAAUAUAAAGUGUCGGACACUGAGUCGGAUGAAGGGGACGACGUAGGGCCAUUGCCUCCAAGGACAAUCACGGUGAGGGGGCUACGGAUGAACACUAAAGCAGUCCUAUCAAUGAGUGCGAACACCAUGAGUAACGGCCAUAUGAUGACGUCAUUAUCUAACAACAGUGGAAGUACGGACAGUGGCAUUGCUGAUGCUGAUGUCAGACAUGACGUCAGAAUUAGACAAAAACCAACAAAACGGCCGAAACCAAUCACUUUUGGACGAACUAAAAAAUCUGUAUGUACCUAUUGGAAAAAGACAGAGUGGUCGGAGAGAGUGGAAGUGUUAAGUCGAAUUCUAUUCCCAUUGGCCUACUUCUUUUUUAACAUAGCAUACUGGACUCAUUAUUUACAAGGAGUAUCUCAUAGAUUCUAGCCGCUGUGUGAACGGAGGUCUGUUUGUAAAUACAUUUUGUACAUUUUUUGGUCAAAAACCGGAGCGAAUCGAGAGCGAGCGUAUUUCUACUUUAAUUACAUACACUAAAACAAUGUCAUAAAAAGCGCCCCGUAUGAUGUCUCCUCUGCUAACACAGACUUCUAUGAAUCAGCACAAGUUAGAA